UUACUACUCAACCACCGACACUGCACAACAUGUACUUCACAAUGUUAAGUGGAGCGUCUCCGAAUAUGAACCUUACUAGCCCACUUCACCGCGGAGGUCAAGUUUAAGAACGUCUCGUUGACUGAAGCAUGACUCUUUGCGAGCACGAGAGGCAUGACUCUGUUUGCGAAUUACAGGCCACAACUUAUGUCUUUCCAUGACUAACGCGAUUUUCACUGGACGCACGGUUGCCUAUUCCCUUUCGUUCUAUCGAGGUUUCUCCGAGGUUUCUCGUCGACGUCCCCUCUCCAUUGAUUUAUCUUCAGGCCGAUGUCUUUCCAAGGCAUCGGCAUUGCCGGUCAAGCUUCGGCUUACACCUCUAAUUUUUGGAACCUCUCUGCUUCUUGCAGAUUUUUUACUCUAUGCGUCAAUCAUUCAUCCAGGUUUUCUACUGUUUCCAUGGGUCAACUGUUCGAGUUUCAAGUACAUUAACUCUUCUCUUGGAGCCUACAUUUUUCUCAUUGUAUCAUAUGGUAUCCUCUGUUAUCACUGUUGGUCUGUAGAUGUAUACCUUUGUGCAUCUAUUUGUGCUAUGUCCUCGCUUGCUCUACAUUGCUGGGAAGCUUCUCCAAACUGGAUAUGCUGCCUGCAACAUUGUGUAUUAUCCUGUUUCCCUGUUAUCAUCAUUGGUCUGUUGAAGCAACUAUUGGAUGUAUAUCUUUGUGCAUCUGUUUGUGUCAUGUUCUUGCCUGCUCUUGCCUGCUCUGCAUUAGGAAGCUUCUCCGAACUCAAAAUGCUACUUGCGAUAUCAUGUAUUGUCUCAUGCUGCAUUGUGGACAAAUCAUACAAUAUGGGCUGCUGAGUAUGCAUUGCCUUCUCUUCCUUUUGAAUAUAGCAUAUUGUGCUAUGUACUGUUUAUCCUGUUUUUCUUCUCUCAGUUCAACAGCCUCUCCAAACAACAGUGUGUAUAUCCUAGCACAGAAUGUUUCAUCUUUUAUCUUUAGUGUCAUCUUGCAGACAGAGAGUACAGCACAUGAUAGGCUUUAUCUAUUUAUCUGUUAGACUGACCGAUAUUUUAACACAGUAUAACACAGUGACUAAUCUCUUAUUCUGAUAUCUUGGUGGACUGACUCUCUGAUUCUUCACUGGACUGAGACACUCUGCUUCCUGUCAUUUAAGUGCACUGUUUGACUGUUCUGCAUCUCAAUGGGCA